AUGUCUGCAGAUGCAUAUCAUCGUUUCACUGCCCAAGAAUCUGACUGGGGUUUUGGAAAAUUUUAUGACCAAAAUGACUUAUUUACCCCAACUGAUGACCGAACUCAUCCGCUAAUUGAAAAUGACGCUUGUAACAUUACGGCACUAGUCCGUAUUAUUGAAGAUCCAACUGGGACACUAUGGUCUGAUAGGAAAUAUUCUCCUGGAUAUAUUGGCUUAAAAAAUCUAAAAGUAAAUACCUUCUUAAAUUCAGUAAUACAAUCACUCUACUUUAUAAAAUAUUUUCGCAAGGCUGUUUAUCAACUUCCCAUGGAAAAUGAUAAAUCAGCAAAAAGCAUUGCUUCAGCUUUACAGCGAAUUUUUUACAAAUUAAACGUUUCAGAUUCUUCAGUUCAAACAACAGAAUUAGUAAAAUUUUUUGGAUGGAAUAUAUUUCUCACGAGUGAUGUUCGAAAGUUCAUUGGUGUACUGCGAGAUAAUGUUGAAGAUAAAUUAAAGAACACAAAAGCAGAAGGCACAAUUUCUAAACUUUUUAGUGGCAAGAUGAAAACUUACAUUAAAUGUAUUAACGUAGAUUGUGAAUCCUUACAUAUUGAAGAUUACUAUGAUAUUCAACUUAAUGUUAAAGGAUGUAAAACUUUAGAUGAUUCUUUUAUGAAAUUUAUGCAAGAAAAUUUAGAAGGAGAUAAUAUGUAUAAUGCUGAAGGUUAUGGUUUGCAAGCGGCUAAAAAAAGUACAAUCUUUGAAAGUUUUCCACCUGUAUUGCACAUACAUUUGAAUCGGUUUGAGUAUGAUGUGCAGAAUAAUACUAUGGUCAAGAUAAAUGAUCGUUACGAAUAUCCCAUGGAAAUUGAUUUACAAAAAUAUUUGGCUCCAGAUCCGGAUAAGUCAAAAUCACACAAAUACUUAUUACAUGGUGUACUUGUUCAUAGUGGUUCGAAUAAACAUAAUUGUCGGUAUUAUGCAUUGUUAAGACCUGAAAGGAAUCAUAGAUGGAUAAAGUUUGAUGGAAUUCGUGUUACACCAGUAUCAGUCAAAGAUGUACUUGAAAAUAAUUACGGUGGCGAUGGUUCCACGUAUAAUAAUGCAUAUUUGUUAGUGUAUAUUCGCGAGCCUGAUGUCAAUGAGAUAUUAUCAUCAAUACUUCCUGAAGAUCUCCCAAAACAUUUGUGCGACGAAGAAAAGACUUCAUGGGAACAGAGAAAAAAAGCAUUAACAGAAAGCAUUUCAUAUAUGCAAAUAUGGGUCUUAAAUGAGGACACGUUUAAAAACCACACAGGAUUUGACCUUGCCAACUUUGAUGAUAAGCAAUAUCCAUUAUCUGAAGUUUUUCAACUUAAAUAUUUAAAAAAAGACACCUACGGUGAUUUUAAGACAACGAUCGCUACAAAGUUUGGAAUUCCUACCAAUAAAAUAAGGUUCUGGGUAAUGGUAACUCUACAAAAUAAAACUGUUAGACCUCGUAAGCUUAUAACCGAUGAUUUUCUUGAUAAAUCGAUGGAAGAAGUCAAAACAAACCUAUCAGAGGGAGAUGAUGAAUUGAGAUUAUUUAUGGAAAUAUUGAAAAAACCAAUAGCAAUAAACAUCAAGAAAAAGCAACCAGCACGAACUGGCGAUAUGUUUAUUUUUCUUAAAUAUUUUAAUCCGGAUACACAGUCACUAGAAAGUCUUGGUCAUUUACAUGUUCAGAAAAACCGCAAAAUUAAUACUAUUUUUCCUAUUCUACAUAAAAAAAAGAAACUCCAAUCAAAUACGCCUUUAGAUAUAUAUGAGGAAGUCAAACCAGAUUUGAUCGAAAAGAAGAUACCUGAAUUAACUUUUAGCAAGUCCGAUAUGCAAGACGGUGAUAUAAUAUGUUUUCAAAAAACAUUGACGAAUAAAGAGAUUCAAGAUCAUGUUUCUACAGGUCGCAUCUAUAGUAUUCCUCAAUUUUAUGAAUCAUUAUUAAUGAAUAUCAUAGUUCAAUUUAAGUCAAAAUUUGGAUAUAAAGAUUUGAUACCUGAAUUUAGUCUGAUUUUAAAUAAGAAUAUGACAUAUGAAGCUGUAGCCAAUCAAGUCGCUGUUUAUCUUAACACCGAUCCCUCAAGAUUGCGAUUCACAUCAGUAUCAGGAAAAAGACCAAAAAAAAUUGAUAUUAACACACUAACUGAUCAAAAAUUGGCUGAAAUCUUAAACUUUUCAUCAUGCUU